AAGUCAGAAGCGCGAGACGGUUGCUUUCCGGUGGUGGGAAAGUGAGCCGGAGCCGGAGCCCGAGCUUGAGUAGAAGCGGCGUGUCCGGGGCAGGUGGGCUCCCCGCGGCCGAGCGGAGGCGAGCGGCUGCGCAAGCAGGGUUUUGCUCGGAGGCCCGAGGAGCAGCAGCCUCAAGAGCCGGCCGCUGCAGAGAGGGAAUGGUGCGCGGGGCGCCGAGAAGGAGGCGCAGUCCGUCCCUGUCAGGGUUAGUGAAUGAGGCUCUCCGCCCGGGCCGGCCCGGGGACCGUGUGCUGCGGGUCCCAGCAUGAGUGCGGGCCCCGGCUGUGAGCCCUGCACGAAGCGGCCCCGCUGGGGUGCCGCUGGAACUUCUGCGCCGACUGCCUCGGACUCCCGGAGCUUCCCUGGCAGGCAGAGGCGCGUUCUCGACCCGAAGGACGCUCCCGUACAGUUCAGGGUCCCACCGUCCUCGACAGCCUGCGUCUCGGGGCGGGCGGGACCGCACAGAGGCAGCGCCACCUCGUUUGUUUUCAAACAAAAGACUAUUACCACUUGGAUGGAUACUAAAGGACCCAAGACAGCUGAAUCAGAAAGUAAAGAAAACAACAAUACAAGGCUUGACUCCAUGAUGAGUUCUGUGCAGAAAGAUAACUUUUACCCACAGAAGGUGGAAAAAUUGGAAAAUGUUCCUCAGCUCAAUCUUGAUAAAUCACCCACAGAAAAGAGUACACAGUAUUUGAACCAACAUACUGCAAGUAUGUGCAAGUGGCAAAAUGAAGGGAAGCAUGCAGAACAGCUUUUGGCAAGUGAGCCUCCAACAAUGACUCAGGUACCAAAGCAGCUUAGUAAUGCUAACAUUGAUCAGUCACCCCAAACUGAUGACCACAGUGACACAGAUCAUGAAGAAGACAGAGACAAUCAACAGUUUCUUACACCUCUAAAACUUGCAAAUACAAAGCAAACAGUAGGAGAUGAGCAAGCCAGAAGCAACUGUAAGUGCAGCGGACCUUGCCAGUCUGUGAAGGACUGUACAGGCUGUCAACAGGAGGAGGCAGAUGUGCUACCAGAGAGUCCUUUGUCAGAUGUUGGUGCCGAGGACAUUGGAAGAGGACCAAAAAAUGACAACAAAUUGACUGGACAAGAAAGCAGCCUAGGUGAUUCGCCUCCAUUUGAGAAAGAAAGUGAGCCUGAGUCACCAAUGGAUGUAGAUAAUUCGAAAAACAGUUGUCAAGAUUCAGAAGCAGAUGAAGAAACAAGUCCAGUAUCUGAUGAGCAAGAUGAUCGUUCCUCCCAAACUGCAAAUAAACUUCCAAGUUGCCAAGCCAGAGAAGCUGACGGCGAUCUUAGGAAACGAUAUUUGACUAAGGAAAGUGAAGUUAGAUUGCAUUUCCAAUUUGAAGGAGAGAGUAAUGCUGGGACCAGUGACUUAAAUGCCAAGCCAUCUGGAAGCUCUUCUAGCCUUAAUGUAGAGUAUAGAAGUUCCAAGCAGCAUGGAAAAAGGGAUUCUAAAAUUACAGAUCAUUUCAUGAGAAUCCCCAAGUCAGAGGACAAAAGAAAAGAACAGUGUGAAGUCAGACAUCAAAGAACCGAAAGGAAGAUCCCUAAAUACAUUCCACCUAACCUUUCUCCAGAUAAGAAGUGGCUGGGAACUCCUAUUGAGGAAAUGAGAAAAAUGCCUCAGUGUGGGAUUCGUUUGCCUUCUUUAAGACCAUCUACAAAUCACACAGUAACUGUUCGGGUAGACCUUCUGAGAGCAGGAGAGGUUCCAAAACCUUUUCCGACACAUUACAAAGAUUUGUGGGAUAACAAACAUGUUAAAAUGCCUUGUUCCGGACAAAACUUGUAUCCUGUGGAAGAUGAGAAUGGUGAGAGAACUGCAGGGAGUAGGUGGGAGCUCAUUCAGACUGCACUUCUCAACAAAUUCACACGACCCCAGAACCUGAAGGAUGCUAUUCUGAAAUACAAUGUGGCAUAUUCUAAGAAAUGGGACUUUACAGCUUUGGUUGAUUUCUGGGAUAAGGUACUUGAAGAAGCAGAGGCCCAACAUUUAUAUCAGUCCAUUUUACCAGACAUGGUGAAAAUUGCACUCUGUCUGCCAAAUAUUUGCACCCAGCCAAUACCACUCCUGAAACAGAAGAUGAAUCAUUCUGUCACAAUGUCACAGGAACAGAUCGCCAGUCUUUUAGCUAAUGCUUUCUUCUGCACAUUCCCGCGACGGAAUGCCAAGAUGAAGUCGGAGUAUUCUAGUUACCCAGACAUUAACUUCAAUCGGUUGUUUGAAGGACGUUCAUCAAGGAAACCAGAGAAACUGAAAACACUCUUCUGCUACUUUCGAAGAGUCACAGAGAAAAAGCCUACUGGAUUGGUGACAUUUACAAGACAGAGUCUUGAAGAUUUUCCAGAAUGGGAAAGAUGUGAAAAACCCCUGACACGCUUACAUGUCACUUACGAGGGUACCAUAGAAGGCAACGGCCGAGGCAUGCUACAGGUGGAUUUUGCAAAUCGUUUUGUUGGAGGUGGUGUGACUGGUGCAGGACUUGUACAAGAAGAAAUCAGAUUUUUAAUCAAUCCUGAGUUGAUUGUUUCACGGCUCUUCACUGAGGUGCUGGAUCACAAUGAGUGUCUUAUUAUUACAGGUACUGAACAGUACAGUGAAUACACGGGCUAUGCUGAAACUUAUCGUUGGGCCCGAAGCCAUGAAGAUGGGAGUGAAAAGGACGAUUGGCAGCGACGUUGCACGGAAAUCGUUGCCAUUGAUGCACUUCACUUCAGACGCUACCUCGAUCAGUUUGUGCCUGAGAAAGUGAGACGUGAGCUUAACAAGGCUUACUGUGGAUUCCUCCGUCCUGGAGUUCCUUCUGAGAAUCUUUCUGCAGUGGCCACAGGAAACUGGGGCUGUGGUGCCUUUGGGGGUGAUGCUAGAUUAAAAGCCUUAAUACAGAUACUGGCAGCUGCUGCAGCUGAACGCGAUGUGGUUUAUUUCACCUUUGGGGACUCAGAAUUGAUGAGAGACAUUUACAGCAUGCACACUUUCCUUACUGAGAGGAAACUGGAUGUUGGAAAAGUGUACAAGUUAUUGCUUAGAUACUACAAUGAAGAAUGCAGAAACUGUUCCACCCCUGGACCAGACACCAAGCUUUAUCCAUUCAUAUACCAUGCUGUUGAGUCAAGUGCAGAGACCGCUGACCAGCCAGGACAGAAGACAGGCACCUGAGGAACCAAGUGACUAGGACUUCUUCUCAGAGAGACAUCCUUUUUGAAAUGUGGGGUAUGACAUGUAAACUGACUUAAUUGGAUCUGAAUGUAUAUAUAAUCCACAUUUGUAAUCAAGGAUGCAGUCUUUUCUACAUAUGCAGUUGUCACGUGUUCAUCCUGAUGGACAUGGGUUUAGAUAUGGUUUCUUCUAUUUUUUCUUCUUUAGUCUUUAUUCUUUGAUUUUUUUUUUCUUUAUUUUGCCAAUCUGAUGUCUUGGGAAAACCCAUGAAAGGUUAUAGCCAGCUUUUAGGUCUUUCUUCUCCUGUCUGUGUAUUAUCCAGGCUGCUUUGGUGGCUAGCACAUACCAUCGCACCUGGAGGAAGUUAAAAUCCAGAAAUCUGAGUUUGCUGCAGAUUUACAUGUGAGCUUCUCACUCCCACCCCUUGUUAGGCUUGCAUUCACCCCUUUUGAAUUUUGAAAAUUGAAGUUUUUCUUAUGUUACUUAAUGCUAGUAUCUUUUAAGCUAAAACUAUUUUCUAUUUAAGACAGACUAAUUUCCAGUUUCUCUUUUGAAACAUCAUCCCUAUAAGCAACGGUUUUUUUGUCCUUUUCCCCAGCGCUAUUUUAGAAGCUGACCAAGAGGAAAGAAAAUGUAGAGUAAAAAGAUUUUCCUCGUAUGGUAUAAAGAAGCCAGGGUCAAGAGCAUUGGGGUUUUUGUUUUUCUCAAGAUUUGUUUUUCCUUUGCGAUUAGGAUCAGUGUUUAUUCUGUGGUGCUUAAGGUGUAUUCAUGUAACCAAAGGUUGGGGCUGGAAACUUCAUGCUGAUUUGUACAUAUGGAAGUUUCUCUGGCAGUAAAUAUUAGAGUUAAUAAAUUUCAUUAAUAAAUCAUUUGUCAGAAACUCCCAUAUCACUUAUAUUUUAUUUACA